AUGAACGUGAAGAAUCUGUCCAACCUGGCGAUCGUCGUGGGCGGGCUGCUGCUGGCCGGCCGCUCCUGCAUCUAUACCGUCCAGCCCGGUGACAAGGCCCUCCUCAAGAACAACAUCUAUGGGGGGCUGUCCGACAAGGUCUACAGUGAGGGGCUGCUCUUCUACAUGCCCUUCUUUCAGGAGCUGUACACUUAUGACUGCAAGCUGCGCCCCUAUGACAUCGCCUCUGAGACCGGCACCCGCGAUCUGCAGACCGUGCAUAUCGCCAUCCGAGUGCUGCAGCGGCCUCAGACCGAGUCCCUGCCCCGCAUCCACCUGCAGCUGGGCAAACAGUACGAGGCGAAGAUCUUCCCGUCGAUCGGCAACGAGGUGCUGCGGACGGUGGUCGCGCAAUGUUUGUCCUCACCAGACGAUUCGGACCAGCUGCUCAAGAACCGCGAGCAGAUCUCGCAGGAGAUCAAGAAGAACCUGAUCCAGAAGGCUUAGGUCUUCGGGCUGGUGCUGGAGGACGUGUCGAUCAUGCAGCUGUCCUUCAGCAAGGAAUACGCGCACGCCAUCGAGCUCAAGGCCGUGCAGCAGCAGCUGGCGGAGCGGCAGAAGUUCGUCGUCUACAAGGACGAGCAGUACAAGAACGCCCAGAUCAUCGCCUCGGAGGCGGAGGCAGAGGCCGCGCGGCUGAUGAACAAGGCGGUAGAACAAUACGGCGGCACCCAGAUCGAGAUCAAGAAGCUGGAGGCAAGCAAGUACAUUGCAGAGACGUUGGCCAAGAACAGCAACAUUACCUUCCUUCCGGAGCAGGGCAACAUGCUGUUCAACCUGCGCACAUGA